AUGGCAAAAGCUAUACCGAAAAUUAGUUCGCAUAGACGUAUUGGUUCACGUAAGGGUGCACGUAGAAUACCAAAGCGAGUUAUUCAUGUUCAAGCAAGUUUCAAUAAUACCAUUGUCACUGUUACAGAUGUACGGGUUCGAGUAGUUUCUUGGUCCUCCGCCGGUACUUCUGGAUUCAAAGGUACAAGAAGAGGAACAAAAAGCCGCAGCAGAAAACGCUAUCUGUACAGUAGUGGAUCAAGCUAUGGAACUCCGAGCAUUGAGACAUUGAGUAAAAACUUGAACGGCCCAAUCGUCGGUGAGCGAUGGAAAAUCCAUUCAUUCCAUUUGGAAUCGAGAUACAAAUUCCUUGAGCAUCUUGUUGUCUUUCUGCCUUACGUUGAAAAGGUCCGAUUUUCUUGUAGCAACUUUAAUGGCUCCAUCGUGUCCCUUUACCAAAAAAUCUGCAAGCAUAACAAAUGA